CGCCGGUAGAGGAGGCAUUGGCGCAACGCACUACUGCUGCUGCCUCCCCGCUGCUGAUACAGACACCGGCUGUCCUGCUGAAACGGGACACGCACGAACCGACACGGUCCGGUAACCGCCUCAUUUGACGAGAGUCCGUCUCCCGCUCCGGGCUGCAAAUUCAGCACAGUCAGCACAUCCACAAUGAUCAAGAACGGGCAUCACCACAACCACCACCAAGUGAACACAGCAGCCGGGAAAGACGCAGGCACGACCCCCGGCGCUACAGCUUGCAGUCCGGAGAAGAGAAGGCGAAGAAUCCGGGUGUGGUGCGAUGGCUGCUAUGACAUGGUACAUUACGGCCACUCCAACCAGCUGCGGCAGGCCAAGGCCAUGGGAGAUUACCUCAUUGUUGGAGUACACACAGACAGUGAGAUUUCAAAGCACAAGGGUCCACCAGUCUUCACUCAGGAAGAAAGAUAUAAGAUGGUGCGGGCCAUAAAAUGGGUGGACGAGGUCGUGCAAGGAGCUCCUUAUGUCACCACCCUCGAGACCCUCGACAAGUACAACUGUGACUUCUGUGUGCACGGAGACGAUAUAACAUUAACUGUGGAUGGAAAAGAUACAUAUGAAGAGGUGAAGAAGUCAGGACGGUACAGGGAAUGCAAGCGAACCCAGGGAGUUUCAACAACAGACUUAGUUGGCAGGAUGCUGCUGAUGACCAAAGCCCACCACAGCAACAUUGACACUUCAGACUAUCAGGAGCACACAGACAACUUUGGAAAAGUAAGUAAAUUUUCUACUGUGGAUCUCGUUUGCCACGGAAAGACAGAAAUAUAUCCCGACAAAGAUGGAUCUGACCCUUAUGCUGAGCCCAGAAGAAAAGGAAUCCUGCGCACUGUUGACAGUGGGAACAGCCUCACUACGGACGCCAUCGUGCAAAGGAUAAUCAAAAACAGGUUGCUGUUUGAGGCGAGGAACCAGAAGAAAGAGGCCAAAGAGAUUGCAGUGAUCCAAGCCAUGAAGCGACAAGAGGAAGAAAAGACUAAAGAAAGAGCACAGGCUGUGCUGUAGGCACCUCCAGCUAACAGUGACAUAUUCAACUAAUAUAAACUCAUGUACAUUAUAAUCAACCCUUUUGUAAGUGCUAUGACACCCUCCACACGUGAUCCUGGCUAAUAUCAGUAGUCUUAACAGCAGCCCCUUCUUUGACGAGGGUGGCGUAACCUGCUGUGGGAUCAUCAGGUAUUAAUAUAGUGUGUUACGAGGGUUUGUUAACAUGUUCUGCAUAUGCAAUUAUAUGUUUUGUGUCAGUCAACAAUCGCACAUGCAAAUGAUAAGAUAUAUUCAAAGUUUGGAGGAAGAUGUCACUAUAUAUUCAAAUGUCUAUUUUAUGUCAUUUUUAAUUCUCAAAAUACUUUUUUCCUAUUUAAAAAAAAAAGGCAUUUUAUCUUAUUUCUUGGGCAUAUGCAGUGUGAGAUCUUGCACUGUCUUGCGAUGUGAUUUGAUUUGUCAUUUCAACAGGACUGAUGCUGCUGUUUAGCCCAGCAGUGGGCUAGCCUCACAACUAAUCGAUUACACUGUGUGUGUCUGUGUGUAUUAUAAAGUGACCGCAGGCUCAUGGAGGACGCUGAAAAACACUGGAGAAUCAGGAG